AUGCUACUCUCGAUAGUUUCGUUGUAUUCAGUAAAAAUACCUCGAGGUGAAAAUAAUAGUCUAAACUUUUCAUUUUCAAAUCAAUCAUGUUCAUCAUCUUCACUAUCUUCACCAUCAUCAUCUUCUUCUUCAAUCACAACGAACACUUUAACCUGUUCGUCUCCAUAUGACUACAGUUCAACUGAUGUGUGCACAGUUUAUGCUACGAAUUCAUCUUUAAAUACUGAAAGUUUACCUCCAAAACCAAAAUCUUCAUCAAAAAUGUAUCCUGCUGAUGUGAGUCAGACAACCCAAGACUCACCCGCACAACCUCAUUUAGCAGCUUAUCCAACAGGGAAGGAAAAUAGAUCAUUUCAAGAGAAAUGGUACGUCAAUCGUCCUUGGCUGGAGUAUUCAGUAGAAUUAGAUUCAGUAUUUUGUUAUUAUUGUCAUCAUGUUUCUCAAUGCAGCACACCAACACGAAUUCAACGAGAUUCCUUCACAGUAGGUGGUUUUAAUAACUGGAAGCGUGCUUUGGCACCUGAUAGAGGCUUUGAUAGGCACGUUAAAAGUCAAACACAUAUAAUAUCAUCAGCAAACUUUUUUGAGUAUCAAUCACGUCAAAAAUCGAAUACAACUGUAAUUCAUGUUCUUGAAAAAUCAAGAGCUGAUCAAAUACGUAAUAAUCGUAAUAAAUUAAUCAAUAUUAGUUCAGCAAUUUUACUAUGUGCUAAACAAUUAUUAGCCUUGCAUGGGCAUGAUGAAAGUAUUGAUUCACAUAAUCAUGGUAAUUUGAUGGAAAUAUUAAAGUGGUCUGCUCAAACUGAUCCAUUAGCUAAAGCUGUUUUGAAAGAAAGUGCAGGCAACGCCACGUACUUGUCACAUCAAAUACAAGAUGAAUUAUUACACAUUAUGGAGAAUCAAAUACGUGAUAGUAUUGCUGAAAAACUACAUGGAAAUGUGUACGGGCUAUUAGCUGAUGAAGCAACAGAUGUUAGUCACAAUAAGCAAUUAUCUAUUUGUCUUCGUUUAGUUGAUGAUCAAUAUGAAAUAAAAGAAUUCUUUCUGGGAUUUAUUCGUCUUUAUCUAUUUGAUGCCGAUACAUUAGCAAAAGAAAUAACAGUUCUUCAAGCAUUACAAGAUUUAAUAGAUGAUGGAGGUGGUCGUGCAGUUGAUGCUAGGGUAUGCACUGAUCUCGAUAGUGCACAAAAUCUCAUCACAACAAUUUCUGAACAAUUAAAACUUAUGAGAGAUGAAAAUUCAUUCAAAGAUUUGUUUCAUCGAGCAAUAACAUUUGGAAAUGAAAAUGAUGUUAAUAUGAAUGGAUCUAUUCGAAUGAGACGUAAAAAAACAAUUCCUACACGUUUUAAAAACGGUAUUGUUACAUUAUCGGUUGGGCAUCGAGAUUAUAAUACCAGUGAAGAAAAUUUUCGAGUAACUAUGUACUUUCCAACAAUUGAUUCUAUAUUGAUUGAAUUGAAUGAACGAUUCUCUUGUCAUAAUUUACAAAUAGCAAAUAGCAUUUCAUCGUUGUCACCCAUGAAUGAAAAAUUUUUAGAUACUGAAAUGUUACAACCAUUAAAAGAUCAUUUACGAUUGGAAAAAAAAUAUGAUAAUAAAUGA